AUGAUAUAUCAGACUAAAUUUCCCCCGGGAAUUAAAUAUCGAACUAGUACCGAUCGAUUUAGCAACGGCUUAUAUCUUAAGGAUAGACAAAAUAUACUACUACUAGACGCUAGUAACGAGCUAGCGCCACUAGGGCACGUAGAUAUCGAGUACCUAGCUUCUACUCUAAAUAUCACUAAUUAG